CCCAUCCCCAUCCCACAGCCCCCUCCCCACCACUUGGCCCUGCCUAACAUCCUGCGUGGCCUCAGCAUCGCCGUCGUCCUGGUGGGCAACUCCAGUGAGGUGGCACUGGCCGGGGCCCGGGAGAAGGAGGACUUCCUCCACAUGGCGCCCAAUGUGGAGGUGCUGACCAUGAAUGAGACAGACCCUAAAAGCAUCAUCAAGAGCAUCUGUGACCUGAUGACGGAGCACUGGCUGCAGGGCGUGGUGUUUGGGGAUGACACCGACCAGGAGGCCAUCGCCCAGAUCCUGGACUUCAUUUCUGCCCAGACCCAUAUCCCCAUCCUCGGAGUCCGCGGCGGCUCCUCUAUGAUCAUGGCUGCCAAGGAUGACCACUCCAUGUUCUUUCAGUUUGGCCCGUCCAUUGAGCAGCAGGCUUCAGUCAUGCUCAAUAUCAUGAAGGAAUAUGACUGGUACAUCUUCUCCAUCGUCACCACGUACUACCCAGGUUACCAGGACUUUGUCACCAAGGUCCGUAGCACCAUUGAGAACAGUUUUGUAGGCUGGGAACUGGAAGAGGUUUUACUACUUGACAUGGCUGUAGAUGACGGAGAUUCAAAGAUCCAGAACCAGCUGAAGAAGCUCCAGAGCCCCAUCAUUGUUCUCUACUGCACUAAAGAAGAGGCCAACACCAUCUUUGAGGUGUCCCACUCUGUUGGGAUCACCGGCUACGGCUACACAUGGAUCGUGCCCUCGCUGGUGGCAGGAGACACUGACGUAGUGCCUGCAGAGUUCCCCACAGGUCUGCUGUCCGUGUCCUAUGACGAGUGGGACUACGGCAUAGAGGCCCGCGUUCGUGAUGGCGUGGCGAUAAUCACUAUGGCAACCUCCACCAUGAUGAUGGACCGCGGCCCUCACACCCUGCUGAAGUCUGAGUGCCAUGGAACUCCUGAAAAGAAGACCCCCAUCUCAGGCAACUCAAAUGAAGUGUUCAGGUACCUGAUGAAUGUGACGUUUGAGGGGCGCAAUCUGUCGUUCAGUGAGGAUGGAUACCAGAUGCACCCCAAGUUGGUCAUCAUUCUGCUCAACAAGGAGAGGCAGUGGGAGAGGGUGGGUAAAUGGGAGAAUGGUUCCUUGUCCAUGAAGUACCAUGUGUGGCCUCGCCAUGAACUGUACGGGGGGGCAGCGACCAGGGAGGAUGACCACCUGUCCAUCGUGACAUUAGAGGAGGCUCCAUUCGUCAUUGUGGAAGACGUGGAUCCGCUGAGCGGGACCUGUAUGAGGAACACCGUACCUUGCCGGAAACAGAUCAAAUCAGUGAAUCAGACGCGGGAGUCAGGGAUCUACAUCAAGCGCUGCUGUAAGGGCUUCUGCAUUGACAUCUUGAAGAAGAUUGCCAAGUCAGUCAAGUUCACCUACGACCUUUACCUGGUCACUAAUGGCAAACACGGCAAGAAGAUCAAUGGAACGUGGAACGGCAUGGUGGGAGAGGUGGUGUUAAAAAACGCCCACAUGGCCGUCGGCUCCUUGACCAUCAACGAGGAGAGGUCAGAGGUCAUCGACUUUUCCGUCCCCUUCAUCGAGACGGGCAUCAGCGUCAUGGUGUCCCGUAGCAACGGCACCGUUUCACCCUCGGCCUUUUUAGAGCCCUUCAGUGCCGAUGUGUGGGUGAUGAUGUUCGUGAUGCUGUUGCUGGUGUCAGCAAUGGCUGUGUUUAUAUUCGAGUACUUCAGCCCUGUGGGCUACAACCGCUGUCUGGCUGACGGCAAAGAGCCUCACGGCCCAUCCUUCACCAUUGGUAAGGCCAUCUGGCUGCUGUGGGGUCUGGUCUUCAACAACUCUGUGCCGGUGCAGAACCCAAAAGGCACCACCAGCAAGAUCAUGGUGUCAGUGUGGGCCUUCUUUGCUGUCAUCUUCCUGGCCUCCUACACUGCCAACCUGGCUGCUUUCAUGAUCCAGGAGGAGUACGUGGAUCAGGUCACCGGUCUCUCGGACAAAAAGUUCCAGCAUCCCAACGACUUCUCGCCUCCGUUUCGGUUCGGCACCGUCCCCAACGGGAGCACAGAGAGGAACAUUAGGAACAACUAUCCAGAGAUGCACUCCUACAUGACAAAGUACCAUCAGAGAAAUGUCAACGAGGCUUUGCAGAGUCUCAAGGCCGGAAAACUAGACGCCUUCAUUUAUGAUGCAGCCGUACUGAACUACAUGGCCGGCAGGGACGAGGGCUGCAAGCUGGUGACCAUCGGCAGCGGCUACAUCUUUGCCACCUCUGGAUAUGGCAUUGCCAUCCAGAAGGAGUCGCUCUGGAAGAGACAUGUGGACCUGGCCAUCCUGCAGCUCUUUGGAGACGGUGAGAUGGAGGAGCUGGAGUCACUCUGGCUGACGGGGAUCUGCCACCACGAGAAGAACGAGGUGAUGUCCAGCCAGCUGGACGUGGACAACAUGGCCGGAGUCUUCUACAUGCUCGGUGCUGCCAUGGCUUUGUCGCUCAUCACCUUCAUCUGCGAGCACUGGUUCUACUGGCAGCUGCGCUUCUGCUUCAUGGGUGUCUGCUCUGGCCAGCCCGGCUUCAUCUUCACCAUCAGCAGGGGCAUCUACAGCUGUAUCCACGGGGUGCAGAUUGAGGAGAAAAGCAGCUCGGCGAUGAACUCCCCGUCUGCUACCAUGAACAACACCCAUUCCAACAUUAUGCGGCUGCUACGCACUGCUAAGAACAUGGCCUCCCUGUCAGGGGUGAACGGCUCACCACACAGCGCUCUGGACUUCAUCCGACGUGAGUCAUCUGUUUAUGACAUCUCUGAGCACCGGCGCAGCUUGGCGGGCCACUCAGACUGCAAAGCGCCUUAUCUACCAGAAGACAACAUGUUCAGCGACUACAUCGGUGAGGUGGAGAGGACGUUUGGCAACCUCCACUUGAAGGACAGUAACCUGUACCAGGACCACUACCUGCACCACCACGGCUCGACGCUCGGGCUCAGUGGGCCUCCUCCCAACAGGCCACAAAGCCUGGGCAGUGCUAGUUCUCUGGAGGGCGGCAUGUUUGACUGUGACAGCCUGGGAGGAGGUGUGGCGCCUAUCUUCACCACCCAGCCCUGUUCAGCACUGACCCACAGGAACAUGAGCAAGUUUGACCUGCUGUCUGGGCAGACUCCUCCCGCACCCCAGGGCUUCAAGGGAGGCCUGCCGGAUGUGUACGGGAAGUUCUCCUUCAAGGGAGGUGCUUCAAGUUCCACCUACAUCCCUGGGCAUAGCUACGGCGGAGGGAGAGUAGAGGAGGAUGGGAAUAUACAUUCCGAUGUCUCGGACAUUUCCACUCACACGGUAACUUAUGGAAACCUGGAGGGUAAUGCCAAGAAGCGCAAACAGUAUCGUGAUAGCCUGAAGAAGAGGCCGGCCUCUGCCAAGUCCAGACGGGAGCUGGAUGAGAUUGAGCUGGGCUACAGGAGGAAACCUUACCACAUCAGCCACCACCACUACCACAGCCAGCGCUCUGCCUCCCCACCACCUCUGCCCUCUGAACGCAAGAGAGGAGGAGGAGGUGGAGGAGGAAACAACGAUGGCAACUCCUAUCUCUACAGAGAAAAGGAGAGUGUUAGGGAUUUUUAUUUGGACCAGUUUCGGCCCAAAGAGGGUGUCCCUCAGUGGGAACAUGUGGACCUGACAGAGGGCCCUGGAAAUAGAGAUGGAGGAGUGGGGGCCUGCACCUCCUUAGUUCCAGUCGAGGACUUUCUUAAGGGCAAGCCCAAAAAGGCUGAUUCAAAAAGUGGGGGAGGGUCAGGGUUGGCAGGGGGAGAGUGGGAGUGCAGAAACUGCCGGGCUAGCGGAGGAGGUGGAGGCAAGCAAAUGUCCAUACAUGGAGGUGGGGGCGGUGGUGGGUAUGGCUGUGGAUCCUCAGGAGGUGGAGGAAACAGCCGCCCCAGCUCUGCAACCUGCAUGCGCUGUGAGAGCUGUAAAAAAACAGGGAACCUCUACGAUAUCAGCGAGGACAACAACCACCUCUUGGAACAGAUGGGGGGAGGUGGGGGAGGAGGAAUGGGCGCAGGCCCUCAAUCUCAGGUCCAGCAAAGGAGGAAGGGUGGAGGAUCUGGCAAACAACUGAGGCGGCAACACUCGUAUGACGCGUUUGUUGACCUUCAAAAGGAGGAGUCAGGUGGAAUGGGAAGUUUGAUGGGGGGGCUAGGAGGAGGCGGAGGCAUGGGUGGUGCAGGUAUGGGAGGGAUGCUGCCCCCACCCAGGAGUGUUAGCUUGAAGGAGAAAGAACGCUACAUGGAGGGUAGCAGUCCUUUCUCACACAUAUUUGAGCGUCACGGCUCACCCUUCGGCCUGUUCAGGGGCGGAGAGGGCCUCCAUCGCCGCUCCUUUGGAGAGAGAGACAUGAGAGACAGAGAUAGGUCUUUGAUGCAAGGAGGAGGUGGAGCAGGCUUCUCCUUAUCCAAAUCUCUUUACCCCGACCGGGUAAACCAGAACCCCUUUAUACCCACCUUUGGCGAUGACCAGUGUCUGAUGCACGGAGCCAAACAAUAUUACAUGACAAAGCAACAGCAGCAAAACAGCCGAAGUGACUUCAGGAGCCAGAUGAGCACGACUUCAUAUGUGUCGGCGUCGGCCUCACCCGUAGUGAUGGCCAGCGUGACACCCCGGUUCUCAAAAGAGCUCAGCAUCGGUGGACUGAACCACCACGGCUCCAUGCUGGGGGUUGGCCCCCCACGUCCCUUCAACGGAAGCAAUGGCCAUGUGUAUGAGAAACUCUCCAGCAUUGAGUCUGAUGUGUGAGAGAAAAAGGGGAGGAGUGGGCAGAUGAUGGCAAGGAAGAAGGAGGUGAUGAGUAGAGGCGUGUAGUGGUAGGAGAUCAGGGACAAUCGUAAAGACACUGUCCACAAGCCAGGCUUAAACGGGGACAGCUGAGACGAGAGAGACAGAGGAAACUGUGAGAUAGAAAGUCAGGGAGGAUUAAGUGAACAGUGGAGACAAUCUUGAUUUUUCAGGAAUAUCUCAGUAACAAAUCAGGACACCCUGAGGAGGGGGUUACCCACACUCUCUCAGAACUGGCCAAAGCUACUCUACUUUUGUGUCCGUACGCACCCCCUCAGCCGAACAGAUGCUCUCGGCUCAAGUCCAUCAUUUCAUCCACCGGUGAGGCAGAAGUCAGUGUACUUGGUUAUUAUCGCAAGGAGGCGACAGCUCAUCUUAUACUGGACAUGUGAGCCUGGUGCGAUUUCACGGCGCCGUGAGAAGCUUCGCUGCGAGCGGGGAGAGGAGCGAACUGCCCAUCUGCCCCUGUGUCACCGCAGAACGGAGACAUUGUCACGUUUACCACAGGAUAUGACUGGUGCUCCUCUCUCAGCCUGGCGCCUCUCUCCCCUCCUCUCCUUCCUCUCCCCUCGCUCCUCCUCUUCAUCCCUGAGCCGAUUUUCUUUGCUAUGAGAAAUACAAUCAUGAAUGAUCAUAAGAUAUUCUUAGAGAAAAAACAGGGUAUAAGAACAACAAUAAUACUGAUAACGUUGUUAGUACUGACUAUGACAACAACACUGCUUAUGAUAUCACCGAGUUUCUCUUUGUUAUGUUCUGUCGGUGACUACUCCACUGCUGUUUUACUACCUGUAGUCGUACCCUGCCUGUCCCCGGUGGCAGCAGGAAGCUUGUUCUUAGUUCACCCAACGAGCCAGACAGACUGAAUCCUUAACUCCUGUUUUCGGUUUUCUCUAGAGUAUUUUACUCAAUGCUCAUACAUUUAUUAAGGGCCAGGACGUGUUUAGAGCCGACACCUCGAUGUUUCAGGACAUUACACACACACUUGAACACAUACAGUUUUUGUCCAUCUGAGUUUGUGUUACUGUGAACAACACGUUUCGUCAGAAGCUGGAGAAGCUGAGAGGAGGGACGUGCCUUAACGGUCUCCACUGGGAUGUGUCCUCCGGUUCGCAGCACCAGGACGGACCAGCAUGCUUUUAGGCUGCUCGGUGUUCUCUUCAUGUUUAUGAGCCAAAACUUCAGUGGAAAGUUGCAGCAGGCUUGAGAUGCUGCUACUGAUGGUUCAGGCAUGAGAUGCCGUCGGGGAUGUUCACAACACGGCAGCCUUUACUACUCCUUUUAUUCAGGUUACGUAACAGCGGUCACCGGGCACUUCGUUUUUCGGCCUCCUACUAGUAUCAUGUAGAGGGCAUUAGCAUUCACUCGUGUACUCAGACUGAAAGCUUUGUUGGACAUUGUGUCGGAUUAAUACAUUCACUGUCGUCUAUGUGGGCGAAAUGCUACAAAAUGUGUCAGAGGAGUGUUGUUGCCCCAUGACGACGGUCUGUCUGAAACACUGACAGCGGCGGCCAUCUUUGAAUGAUGUAGAUCAUCCUUUUAGCUGGAGAGGCCUCGUUGGUUGUUCAGUGUAGGUUCAGGCACCUUAUCAUCCCCCCCACACCCCAAGGUGUCUGACGAUGACUCCUCGUAUUACUGUACAGAAUAAAGAAGCUUCUAUUAGUCAUUUAAAGGUCUGACCUUCGAUUAGCUGGCGGUGUCAAAGGUUCAAGGGCUGCAGGAGGACUGCACUGAAAUUGGAGCUGCUGGAGUGAAUAGACUGGGAUCUUGUCAUGACGGGCUUAUAUCUUACCCUGAUCUAAAUGCACCACUUUAAUAGACCACUGGGCGUGUGUGUCAGUAAGAAACUCACCACUGAAUGAUAACAGCUCCCCCCCCCCCCCACAAACCUGCUGAUUAACUAUUCAUAAACUCCACCACCUCUCCUCCUCCUCCUCCUCCUCCCUGGCUGCACAGAUAACACUGUCAGCGUGAGACUGAUCGAGUUCGCCUUAAAUCAAGCAGAUACACCUACCCACCCCCACACAUGGGUCUGCUAAUAAACAGAUUGGGAUCUCUGGAAUUUUUAUACGCACAUAUUUUGAGAGUUCAGGUCGACCGCUAUCAGGAAACGGGAAUUGAUGAGGGAAUAAGCAGGAGCGGCAGACGGCGUUUGGAGUGAGCAUCAGUCAGUGUCAGCAUUAGGGCGAUAAGUCUUUUCCUUGUAAAUAAUCUAUUUAAAGGUCUUUUCACUUUGUACAGUAAACGGACAGACAGGAUGUAACUUUCAAUAUGUUUUGCAGCAGUUUAAGAAAUAAAACAAUAAAAACGCAUAAAAACUAAAAAUACAUAAACAAAAAUAUGCAAAAUAUAGUUGAGACAUGAAUAUUACUAAUCAUAAGUGAUAUAAUUGAACCGUUUUCCUUUAAAGUUCAUGUUUACUUAAUUAUGAUAGUUUACCAAUCAGUAUACUGAUUAUGUUAUACUAAUUAUGCUUUUUCUUAUUUUUGACUAAAGUGUUGGAAACUGAGGCUAAUUUUCUGUAGGUGUAGAUGUUUGGUGAUAAAAGGGGAAGUUUAGUUUUAGGAGUUGUGGCUAAGUUUCCCUUGAGCUGUGUUAGAUUCUAUCUUUUUAAGGUAAGCUAGUCUUCAUGCUUUUUGAGAUGAAUUCAAUUAUCUACACAUUAUGUAAUACAGUAUGAGGUAUACAUAGAUGAUAUUUGCAUAUAGAGGCAGUACAGUGUGAUCAUUUUUAAGCAGCAAUCCUUGUUAAAACUGGCAAGGUUUUUGUGUUUUUGUUGCCCAUUGUCCUUCUUUCUUUUUGACCUGGGCUCUCACAGUGAUCGCACACAGAAGCCAUCAGAGCCAUCGUGGGCCUGGCCUGUCCCGUUCCCUCUCUGUGUUUGGGAUAAACAUCACUGUGGUAAAGGAAGAAAUAUACGUAUUUACAUCUGCACACACAGAAACACCAACACACUGGAGGUUCCCCGGCGCUGAGGAACGAGCAAAGCGUCGACUCAGUGAGAACCCAUUUGAAGCUGAAAUGCAUUUGUGCAACCCCUUAUUAAAAGGUGAAACAUUUGUUCUGUCAUGUUUCCUCGUGUUUGGAGUUUGGCUUCAGGGGAAUCGACUGUUGUUGCUAUAUGUUAGCUCACGUAAUAUGAAAGAUGCUUUGAAUUCGAAUCCAGUUUGUGCAACUUUGUGCACUGCUCGUUUCUCCCAAUGAAACGAGAAAUAUCAUUUGUCACUUGUUGUGUACAUGUGCAGUUUUGUCAGAAAUGAUUUCUCCCGCUCUUCUUUUUGUGCCAUGCUGAUUCCAAUAAGCCUCUAUAAGCUUCUCCCGCCGCUGAGAGAGGAAAUUCAUCUCUCUGCUGUUUUGUGUCUAGAGGGUUGAUUGGAAAAGUGAAAAAUGUAUCUGUGUGCACAUAAACUCUGUCAGGUUUGCAUAUUUUUCAUACAGGCCACCACAUUUACUCUCCUCAUUUGCAAUAAACAGCAUGACCAAACAGGAAAUGCUCCUAUGAGCCAAUACAUCAGUUCCUGUUGUUCCUCCACGCGCUGGGAGGCGACAGUAGCCAGGGCCAGUUUACAGCUACUGGCUGAGAAGUCAAGUGGCACCCGACACUGUGGUAAACAUGCUCCGAUCAGGCCUUCGCCACCUCCAGCCGCUUGGCCCUGCAGGACCACAGUGAUGCAGGGCAGGCAGCGCCCAUCAGACGUCUUUAUUUCCCCCAGCCUCCCUUCUCUGUGCACGCUCAUGCCACGGCGCAUUUGUUCCAGCAGUUCAUGUAGAGCAAAACACUGUGUCACAUUUCUUCACAACACAGGGAAUGGCUGUGGCACGUGAGCAACAUCCUGAAGGUGGAGGAUGUAUCUAUCACCUCAGCUGGCGUGCGUUUCUCAGUGAGGACUCCUGACACGGGACCAAAUCACAGCAGGCCGCGGUCCGUCGCAGGGUCACUAAGGUGGCUGGUGGAAAAGCUUGUUGGGAGGAGGGUUAUUAGUUUCUAACACUCAUGCGACUGAGUGGACCUGCUAAUUGUUAUCAGUGAGUCAUGUGUGUGAUUUCAUCUCGUGCAGAUGGGAAGAAUUAUACUGUGAAUAUGACUGAUUUAUUGUGAAGGUCCCUAAUUCAUCACACAACUUGUUUACUAAUAUUUUAAGCUUCUGUGUACAUAUGUGUAUUAAUAUUGCUUUAUAUUGAUGUUAUUAUAUUGAGUACAGUUUGUUUUGUUGGUUAAUAUUGGUAUUUUCCAUCGUCACCUUUCAGACCUAGAGACUGGAUCGUUUUACCUGGAUGAGUUAAUGAUGUCAAGACAUAAGGGGUUGCUACUAAAUGUAUUUCUCAAGGUGAACAGGUUUAUGAAAACAUCUCUGAAAAUUCAUAGCCUGAUUAAAAUUUACUGUGGGUUGACAAAAGUGUAACAUAUGAAUAAUACCAAUUGUAUACAGAAUGAUAUAAAUAAUCUUAUUCUUGGCCAUUCUUUUCUCUUUUGUGGCCCUGUCUUUGAAGAAAUAUCAACAUUUUUACACCAUACAAACAGAAAACCACACAAAAAGAGAAUUGUACAGGUUGUGUAAAUACUGAAUAUUGGGGAAAACAUUUACCUUCCUUUUUGUAUGGAAACAAAGUAAUCUCAUUAACAAAAUUAAACAUGUCAUGACAAAAUAUCAAAAACAAAACUAUUAAGGUACUUCUAAUAAGGAUAACACUGAUAUCUACAAUUAUAAGUGCUCAAAUAAGACUAUUCUUUCUCUUUGUACAUGAUGAACAAAAUGAAGUGUUGAGUAUUAAUAAUAAAAACUAAG